AUGAAGAUUUCCAACGCAUACGUCUUCAUGUAUGCUCUGGUACUGGUUCUGUGGCUGAGUGAAGCAGAAAGACAUGUACGAGUGGCGAAUGACUUAGGGCAGGGAUUGAAUCUGACAAUUCACUGUCGAUCCCACAACGACGAUCUGGGCUUGAAAGAGCUGCCGUAUGGCUUCUACUUCGAAUGGGCAUUCAAUUCAAACAUCUGGGGUUCUACGGUUUUCUACUGCGACAUGGGGUGGCAGCAGGGAUCCGGCCAUUACGACGUCUUUGUUGCCAGGAGAGACAACUCCAGAUGCCAUUACAGGUGCUGGUGGGUAGCAAGGCAGGAUGGCUUGUAUGCGUUGGAUGAACAACAUAAUGUCUAUAACUUCUGGUUUCCAUGGAACAAAACCGCCCCUGGAGUACUACUCUAG